AUGACCACAAAUGGCCACGUCGCCGUUCACGAACCCGAGACUGAACCGAUCGACAUCUACAAUGCAAAGUCGGUCUCGGAGAUCAAGGAAGCCCUUGCCCAUCUACACAGCAAGGAAGCGCGUGUGACUGUCCAGCUUGAUGCGUUGGUCGCUGCGCAAAAGGACUUGCAGCGAGAACUCGGUCGCCUUGAUCUGUUCCGCGCAAAUGCCACCUCUCAAGCCUCCAAAGCUCGGGCAAUCACCAGUGGGAUUCUGGCAGACGCGGCUUCAAAUGCAAAGCAUAUUUCGAACUCUGUGAAGCAGCUUGAUCUGGAACAGGAGAGGGUGCAGGCGACUCUGACGGUUGUCGAGCAGGUGAGAGAAUUGAAAGCCUGUGUCCUCGGGGUCUCUGGAUCUAUGGGCGCCGCACAGGACUGGGAGACAGCAGCUAGCUAUCUGAGCAGAGCAUCCAAGAUACCGAGUGACGUGCUCAACAGCCCAUUCGCUGCCAGGAUUGUUCCCACCGCCGAGGUUCCAGAUGCGCCAGCUGUGACACUUGAGGCUGCUUCAGAGUCUCUAUGCAUUCUGUUUCUGAAGGAAUUCGAAAAAGCCGUCAAGGACAGCGACGGUGCAAGAAUCACUCGAUUCUUCAAACUGUUUCCACUCAUCAAUCGAUCAGACGUGGGUCUAGACGUUUACGGUCGCUAUGUCUGCCAGGGCGUUGCGUCUCGGGCCCGAACCAACCUCAAUGCAGGCACGGGAGGGAGCCAAAGCAAAGACGGCUUCUUCUAUGCCAAUGCUCUCACGAGACUCUUCGAGCACAUCGCACAGAUCAUCGAUGGCCAUGGGGGCCUAGUUGAGCGACACUACGGUCAGGGGAAGAUGGUCCGCGUCAUUGAGCGACUGCAAGUCGAGGCUGAUUUGCAGGGCGGCAUCAUCUUGGACACAUGGGCCGACGAAAGACGAAUCGAUCGUCAACUGACCGAUAUCAAGUCGUAUGCGUUCACGUUCCUGGUUCAAAGCUUCAUGCCUCCGCAACGAGGUUCAACCGCCACACCACGAGCGGGCUCUCCUGCGCCCGGUCGAGGGAGCGAGGACGAGUCCGUCGAUAUGAAGCAAGUCGAUGCCCUCCUCAAUGAAAUGACGCUGAUGCUGGGGAAAUGGUCUCUCUACACAAAGUUUGUUUCCGAGAAAAGUUCGGGCCCUGUCACAACGCCGGGUAUGGUACAUAUGCCAGCAUUCCUCCUCAAUUCCAGCUUGAUGAAGAAGGUCCAAGACCGACUUAUAGCACCCUUCAACACGAUGACCAUGUUCUUUUUCCGCCGCUCCGUUGAAAAAGCAUUCCAACUCGACGAACAGCCGCCCGGUCUGUCUCUAAAUCCACACAAACCACUGAUAUCAAACCCCCCACAUGUCACGUCGGCGAUCGAGGAUAUAAUGUACAUCGCCAACAAAGUGCUCCAACAAUCGUUGGCAACUUCACAGAGAAGCGUCGUGGCUAAUGUCAUUCCCACUCUCGGCCGCGUUCUCGGAUCAGACUUUGUUGGCAUGGAACAGCGCAAGAUGCGCGACGAAAGCUACCCCAAAGCUUCAGUGCAAGGGCAACUACCACCUGAAGGGACCAUUGUCUCUUUCCUGGUCCUCAUCAACAAUCUCGAUGUGGCAAAGGACUAUGUUGAACAGAUUGUGGGAGCACGGCUCAAUCCUCCUCCCGACUCUGCCCAUCGCGCUCUGGCAGAGCUAUUUCCAGAACCUGGCGAAGCCGAGUUCGUGGCCAGUACACUGUCGACUCUUUCUACCAGCUUCUCGGAGAAGACCAGCGAGCUGAUCUCGGACGGCAUCAACGUCGUCUUCCACAACGUCAUGAAACCCCGUCUUCGACCCAUUUUGCUAGACGCAUUCCGCGACACCGACUACCAGCUUACCAGAGAGCAACUGCAGGAACUUGCGGAGGAAAUGGAUGGCGACGGCGAAUCGGACGGAUUCUCAGACGAGGUUCGCAUGCGCUUCCAACUCGGCUGGGACGCCCUGACGAAGCCCAUCGGACGGAUCAUGACGGAGCGCACUUUCGAUCAGCUCCUCACCGUCGUGGUGACGUACCUGAGCAAGAUGAUCGAGAAGAGGCUGUGGACGUAUCACGGGCGCAUCAACGAAUCCGGCGCCGCGAGACUGGAACACGACAUCAACGGGAUUGUCAAGGUCGUGGUCAAGGGUCAGAAAUACAGUUUCCGCGAGGCGUUCCUUCGGUGCAGUCAGAUCUGCAUGAUUAUGAACAUGGACGAGGAGGAGUGGGAGGAAUCUAUAGCUUCUGGCGGCGACUUCGCGGACAAACUCAAGCCAGCUGAGAGGACGCGAGCCAGAGACAUGGUCACGGAUGCUACUAGCUAA